AUGCCGUCCGUCCGCGGAAGGCAGGACGGCCGGCCUUCCGGGCCGGACCGUCCGUCAAGGCCGGACCGUCAUGCCGGCCGGCCGUCGGAGGCAUGCCGGCCGGACUGCCGGACGGUCCGGCCGGCCGGCAGGCCGGAAGAUUCCCUUGAAGCCGCCAGGGAAUUAAAGAUGAGAUACUUCUUGUCUUCCUCAAACAUUUCUGGAGACGCUGAUCUCAACAGCCAGCGCCUGACCCGGAGGCAGCUGUCCCAGGCUGUGCUGGCCACCAAGGUGUGGAAGUCAUCUGGCAAAUCCCAGAAGCUAUCCCGUGUUUCUCCCGCCUUUCCCUCCUCCAUCCCCAUCCCGCCCUCAGCCAUUGGUCACAGGGGCUGUGCUGGGGGAGCCCUGGGAUGUUCUAUAAAACCACCCACGGGAGGAAGGAGCAUUCCCCGCAGCUCCAGCCCCCUCCAAAGACAACUCCAGCAUCCAAACCAGUGCAGCUCCCCCAGGACAUGCCCAGCGUCCCGGGAAGGGGGAAGGAGCCCUGAGGAGCAGCUCCCACGUUCCAGGGUCAGCAGGAAGAUCCCAGCAGGACCCCAAGGACAUCCCACAAGCACCAUGAGGACUCCUCCUGUCCCCAGCUUUGCCGUCCUCUCCUCAGCAGGACCAAUCCCAUUCCCAGCCACCGUGGCCAUUGUCCUGAGCUGCCUCUUCUCUGGGGCACACAGCCAGACUCCCGGGGCCUUGCAGGAGAGCACGGUGCCCCUGGAGGAGCUGGGUCAGGAGCAGCCCCAGGGCCUGGUGCGGGCCGUGCCCGUGUCCAACGCGUCGGACGCUGCCGGGAGCCGGCCCUCGGAGCCACCGCUGCUGCCCGUGUGCGCCCGGCCCGCUGACAUCCGCCACGUCUUCAAGUACAUCAACACCAUCGUGUCCUGCACCAUCUUCGUCGUGGGCAUCAUCGGCAACUCCACGCUGCUGCGCAUCAUCUACAAGAACAAGUGCAUGAGGAAUGGCCCCAACGUGCUUAUAGCCAGCCUGGCCCUGGGGGUCCUGCUCUACAUCCUCAUCGCACUGCCCAUCAACGUCUACAAGCUCCUGGCCAAGGACUGGCCCUUCGGGGUGCAGGUCUGCAAGCUGGUGCCCUUCAUCCAGAAAGCCUCCGUGGGCAUCACGGUGCUCAGCCUCUGCGCCCUCAGCAUCGACAGGUACCGAGCCGUGGCGUCCUGGAGCCGGAUCCAGGGCAUUGGGAUCCCCAUGUGGAAGGCUGUGGAGGUGCUGCUGAUCUGGGCAGUGGCCAUCGUGCUGGCAGUGCCCGAGGCCAUUGCCUUCGACAUGGUGGAGCUGAGCUACUGGGAGCAGCACCUGUGGGUGUGCAUGCUGGCCUCGGAGCAGAAAUCCCGCUUCAUGAGGUUCUACCGGGAUGUCAAGGAUUGGUGGCUUUUUGGCUUCUAUUUCUGCCUGCCCUUGGUGUGCACGGGCAUCUUCUACACCCUCAUGUCCUGUGAGAUGUUGAGCAAGAGGAACGGGAUGAGGAUCGCUCUGAAUGACCACAUGAAACGGCGCCGGGAGGUGGCCAAGACUGUGUUCUGCCUGGUGGUGAUCUUUGCGCUCUGCUGGCUGCCCCUGCACCUCAGCCGCAUCCUCAAGAAGACCAUCUACGACCAGACGGACCCCAACCGCUGCGAGCUGCUCAGCUUCCUCCUGGUGAUGGAUUAUUUUGGGAUCAACAUGGCCUCCCUCAACUCCUGCAUCAAUCCUGUGGCUCUGUACUUUGUCAGCCGGAAAUUCAAGAACUGCUUCCAGUCCUGCCUGUGCUGCUGGUGCCAGAGGCCGGCCCUGAGCAUCACCGCCACGGAUGAGAAGGGAUCUGUUGGGAAGUGGAAAGCCACGGGACAGGAGUUGGGGCUGGACCGGAGCAGCUCCCGUCUGAGCAACAAGUACAGCUCUUCCUAAACCCGUGUCACUGUCCCGGACAAGGCACAGGGACAGCAGGACCCCUCCGAUCCUCCCCCAGGCUCUUCCUGGCUGGGCCUGAAUCAGCUUUACCGUCGUGUCCUCACCCAGCUGGAAGGAGCUGGAGCAUUCCCCAGGACCAGCUCCAAGCCCAGCCCCUGACCCCAGCGGUCCCCUCUGCAGGAGAGGGAAGGGCAUUCACAUCCUCACAGGAUUUUUAUUUCCUUGCAGGAAAACCAAGGGACUUCUGGCCAUUGCCUCGGGGUAGAAUGGGGGCGGGGGGAUGCGUGUGGGGUGGGAAGAGAAGGAACGUUAGGGUGGUCACUCUGUGGGGUAAGGAGGAGAGGGAGAGUGACAAUUCCCAGCUGUAAAAGCCAAGCAAAGCCUGGAUAAAUCCCUGUGAGGGACAGAGAUGUCCUUGUGGUCACAUGGAGGUGGGAAAGGCAGUGGAGAAGGUCCAAUCUCAGCUGGAAGAGCCACUAGAACUAAGUAAAAUACGGGAAAGGGCUCUCUUGAA